GCGUUCUGGACCACAAUAAAGGACAUGGGCAACUAUUCCAAGGACUCCGUGAGCUCAGAGCGGUGGCUGAGCGCAAUUCGCCGUGGGUCCCAGCCUUCGGCGGCGGCCGAGGACAGCGUCUACGCGCGCCCCCUGGCGCUGACGUUGCUCACGCGCCUGCUGAGCGUCAGCGGAGGCGUGGUGGCGGUGCGCCGUCUCCUCUGGUGGGGGUUGGUGCGCGAGCUGGCGCCGUACGCCAGCGGGCGCUACCUGCCCAGCGACUCGCAGGCGCUGGACCACUUCUGCGUGCGCCGGGUGGCCACCAAGCUGGAGCUCGCCAUCAGGGCCGUCCACCUGUUCAGAGGUCGCUGGCCGUCUGACGGCUUCGCUGGCCAGCACGUGGUUUCUUGCGGGCGGGCAGAAACGAAUACGCUGUGA